AUGGUGGCUCGGGCGCAGGCACAGCUAAAGAAGCACCUUGGCCGGGCAGGGAAAGAGGGAUCCAGUGCUCCAGUCUCUGAGCAAGAAGGGAACAAGAGCCAGAGUCCCACUGGCGACACUAAGGGCUUGUCUGUUGGUAUGGACAAGUCGUCCACUGCUACCAGUUCGGCAAACAAGCUGGACGGCGUAGGCACUGCGGAAAUGAGCCUACAGGAAGCGCGGCUGGUAGGAGCGGCGUCGGUGAAGAAACCAGUGCUCGAGGUGGAGCCGCGUAGGGCAGCCGCGGGGGACUGGCUGUCUCAACUGGGAUCGCAGCUGGGGGCUGCGCUGGUGCCUUUUGACGAUGAAACGGACCCGUAUUUUGUGGCGAUGCAGGUGUUGGUGCAUCACGCGCGCGGG